GUUUUUUUACGUCAGUCAGCAGCAUUUCCCCGUCUCUCCCUCCAGGUGUUUCGGACAGACUUCAUCACGGCCAUGAAGCUGCCGGACUCAGCCCAGCUCGGCCCAGACGACUUCUACGUUCUGUCCGACCCGUGGAGACAGGAGUGGGAGAAGGGGGUUCAGGUCCCAGCCAACCUGGAGGCCAUCCCAGAACCCGUGGUCAGGUCGCAGCUGGAGUCAACGGGCGGCGUGUCAGCCGACGGCCAGACGGAGGAGGGAGACGCUCAGCCUCCUCGCUCGCAGCAACACGGCUGCUACGACCUGGACGACCUGGACGUCACCUGGCUGCAGCUGGUCAACCAGGAGUUCAGGCACAUGGCCUCACCGGAGCUGGACGAGCUGACGAUGGAGGGCAUUCUGGUGGAGCUGGAGCGCGUCUGCGAGGAAAAGAUGCAGCAGGCCAUCGAGACGGAGGAAGGCCUGGGCAUCGAGUACGACGAGGACGUGGUGUGUGACGUGUGCCGCUCGCCGGAGGGAGAAGACGGAAACGAGAUGGUCUUCUGUGACAAGUGCAAUGUCUGUGUCCAUCAGGCGUGUUACGGCAUCCUGAAGGUGCCUCAGGGCAACUGGCUGUGUCGGACCUGCGCUCUGGGGGUCCAGCCCAAAUGUCUGCUCUGCCCCAAGAGAGGCGGCGCCCUGAAGCCGACGCGCAGUGGAACCAAGUGGGUCCACGUCAGCUGUGCCUUAUGGAUCCCCGAGGUGAGCAUCGGCUGCCCGGAGAAGAUGGAGCCCAUCACCAAGGUGUCCCACAUCCCCGCCAGCCGCUGGGCUCUGUCCUGCAGCCUGUGCCGAGAACACACAGGAACCUGCAUCCAGUGCUCCACGCCCUCCUGCAUCGUGGCCUUCCAUGUGACCUGCGCCUUCGACCACGGCCUGGAGAUGAAGACCAUCCUGGCCGAAAACGACGAGGUUCGCUUCAAGUCCUUCUGCCUGGAUCACAGCUCCGCCGCCAACGGCACCAACGGAGCGGCCAGACCCGAGCAGCACCACGAGCCCAACGGCUCCGGCGACCCGGAGCAGAGCCGGGCGUCCCAGCCGGUGUCGGCGUUGGAGCGGGCCGAGCGGGACCAGCUGGAGAGGGAGAAGGUGAGCCAGAGGAAGCAGAAGCUCCAGGAGCUGGAGGACGAGUUUUACAGACUGGUGGAGCCGAGCGACGUCGCCGAGAACCUGGGGCUGCCGCUGCUGCAGGUGGAUUUCUUAUAUCAGUUCUGGAAGCUAAAGCGAAAGGCCAACUUCAACCAGCCGCUGGUGGCGCUAAAGAGAGACGAGGUGGACAACCUGGCCCAGCAGGAGCAGGACGUCCUCUACAGGAGACUCAAACUCUUCACUCACCUGCGCCAGGACCUGGAGAGGGUGCGUAACCUGUGCUACAUGGUGACCCGGCGGGAGAAGAUGAAGCUGACGCUCUGCGACCUGCAGGAGAAAAUCUUCCACCUGCAGAUCCAGCUGCUGGAGGAGGAAACGGCUGCAGAGAAAACCCAGAAGGCAGAAAAGAGGAAGCAGGAUGGAGUGAAGGAUAAAAGGAAAGAGAGAAGGAAGCAUGGCACCAGCAAGAAAAAGGAGAGGUGGAAGUCGGAGAACGGCUCCCUGCUUAAAGAGCUAGGUCUGUCCAAGUCGUUUCCGUUAGAAAGCUCUCUGUUCGACAGCUGGCUGGCCAAGUCGGUCCAGAUCACGGCCGACGACAUGCUGAGCCAGUGGGCUCUGGGCGGCCAGCACGACGACCAACGCAGCAGCCUGCUGUCCGACCAGCUGAUGCAGGGUGAGGAAAGCCUCCUGAACCUCAUGAUGGAGAACUCUAUGCAGUCGGCGUGGAAAACGCCUCAGCUGGGCCGGAAACCCAGAGGAAGCAGCAAGCCUCGUUCUCGAGGACCGAGCGGCGCCGGCGCCCAGCGGGUGUUUGGGUCGGCCGCGUCCGGCAGCCCGUCCACAGCCAAGAGCCUCUGGGAAAAAUCCAGCCACGCUGGCCGCCGGGGGGAGAAGUCCAGAAGCUCGUCCAAGGCGGGUCACCACCACCAGACCAGGAGCUGCGACCCGAACGGCGACCCGCCGCCGCAGCCGCCCAUCUCCAAGAUGGAUUCCUGCCACAUCUCGGAGGAGCGCGGCCGCUGGGACAGCGUCCGCAUGGCGUCCGGUUUCAUGGCGAGCGCUUCCCCUCCGCCGGCCUCCAGUCCGGGAGCCGCAGUGCCUGACGCCGGGGCCGUCCUGCGGGGGUCGCGGGGUCGCGUGGCCCGGCAGGGUAAAGUGAGGUCAAGGGUCGGGGAACUGGACUCCAUGGACCUGCCGCUCACAGGGAAAGGCGCAUCGAUGCUGGACGCUGCCGCCGAGACUGAUGGGUACUUCUCCGAUGGAGAGAGCGAUUUGGAAACGCGGUCCGGCGGACGAAAGCUUCGGCUGCCACAGCUGCAUCCUGCCAACGAGGAUCUACUGAGGAGGAGCGUCCUGGCGUCCUAAACAAAGUAACGGCGGCUGCGCAGCCUUGUCAAACCAAACCCGUGGUGUGGAGCGGCGUCCCAGCUCUGACUCUGCCUGGUUUUCUGAAUGUAGCUGUAUGCCGACCGUACAGUAAAGCUUCUCCACUGGACCGCAGUUCGCUCCUCAUACUAUUGGAAACUAAACAUUCGUCUUUUGUAUAUUUCUAACUCAUCUGGUUGUGGCCUGGUGUCUGUGGUUUGGUCAGACUUGGGAACAAACACUUUGGGGCAUUACUCCUCUUCUUACUCGCGCUGGUUCCAGGGUAUGCUUUAAGGUCCGAGCUGCAUCCAACCAGUUUUCCUCAAAAUAUUCAGACGAUUUCAUAGCAGAGCUGGCAUGAAUAUGUGCAGAGGGCGGCACAGGGCAGCAUGUUCUCAGCCUUGAAAAGCACAAUAACUAGUCAGUCGAGCUGUCAUGGAAGCACUUGAGAGUAAAACCGAAGCUCAUUCAGGGCUGGGGUCGAUUUCAGACGCCGAGUUUCUCAUUUUAUCGCUUCUCAUCCCUUCAAAGCAGAAAUAUUACAGACUGAAGACUGACCCCAACCCGCCACUGUCAGACACAAACUGACAUAUUCACUCAUCGUAGUAUCGCAUCAAUCAGGGGUGUCCAAAGUGCGGCCUGGGGGCCAUUGGUGGCCCCAACUGCAAUUCAAGAACGGCAUAAAUGUGGCCAUUUAGUACUUUUUGUAAUUUUUACAAGUUCAGCUUGUUUUUAAUCAAAAACAGACUUUGGUACACUCAUCCAUUGCAUUUGGCUAAAUAAAGCAAAAGUUAUAAAAGAAAAUGUUUUACUUUUGUUACGGGGAAUAAAGUAAAAACAUUUUAUAGGUUCAUAAAAUGGAAAAUAAGUUCAAAAAGUUAAAUAACUUUUAUGCUUGCCUUAGUAUUAUCCACAUAAAAGAAAGAAUUCACAUUGAUAUCUUUUGCACUUUUAAUUGUGGGAAAAAAAAUUAUAUUUUGGCCCCAGAAUAUUUUCUGCUUGGGGAUUUUGGCCCCUCAGUGCAAAAAGUUUGGACACCCCUGGUAUAAGUACUUAAUCCAAUCUUUCUCCAUUUCUUCCUAAAUCAAUUCUACCCCCUAAAUCUUUACAAAAAUAUCAGCAGAGAAACGUUGUGCCUUGCGUCACUUCCUGUGGCCUCCCCACAAAACAAUCAGUGAGUGAAUCAAUCAGCCUCUCAAUCCAAAUUUGUAACAAUCAAAGCAAAAUAAAAUCCCAACUGAUUGGCUGCCAUGUGGCCACUGGGUGUCUUCACCAUAAUGAUUGAAUAGUGCCUAAAAAAACCAACAUGCAGCGUUUGCCAUUUUUGUAACCAAUACAUCUGCAGCACUUUGCAGAGCCACAGAGCUGCCUAGUGUUACGAGCCGCCCCUGAACGCACCACGGUCGCAGAGAGCCUUUAAAAACAAGAGCUUGGCCAA